GAGAUUAAACGAUCCAGAGCACCGUCUCCUACGGUCGGAUCGAGGAUGGGUCCAGGUGGCGGAGGACCAGCCGGGGACCUUUUCGAAGGAUUGCUCCCAGGACAUGUGCGCAGGCGCGAGGACUUCAGCCUUGGCCCUCGUAAUCGUGGAUCCAAAGGAGCAGACGAUGAGAAGAAGACGUGCCGAGACGAUCCUCGAAAUUCAAAGGCAACGAUCGGUACGCAGAAUGUAAAAUCGGAUGAACGAGUCGAACAAGUUCCUUCGAAGAGAACGAAAGUAAAAGUACGUGAAGGAACGAGAGGUCCCUUCGCCCGAACGGGAUGCGACCCUUACGUCACGGGACGGCGCGAUCAAGGACCAGUUUGAGGAUAGGGGGUUCCUCAAGGAGGUGCUGAACGAGAGAUUUCUAGGUAAGAGGCGAAAGAGGGGGAAAGAGAGAGAGAGAGAAGGUCCGAUGGACCGAGGGGACUCUCGGUGAGGGAAGUAACUAAUUACGCGAGGGGCAAUCACAGGAGGAUGGAGAAAAAGGCUUGUUAAAGCAAAUUCUAAUCGGUUCCGAAGUCUCUUCGAGUCAUCCGCAGCAUUCGGUAAUGGUCCGAGGUCAGGAGUCCGUAUGGCCCGUGAUUUAUGCUCGACUAGAUGCAAAAGUACGAGCCAGUCGCUCAAUCAUCGAACUAAUUAACUCGAAAUUUGGAUCAUCCUAAACGACUCGUGUGAUUUUUUUCACCCGCUGCCUGUCAAAUUACUGAAGAUAAUGACGUAAGGCGUUCGAGUAAUUGCCUUGGCCGUUCGAAUGCCUUUGGACCGUGGUCGGAUGAUAGACCGGAGACUGGACCGAUAGAUCAGAUUUCCGUGAGCCGUGUAAGUUUAAGAUUUUCAAAAUGGCCAAGUCAUAAUUUUCCGGUUUGACGAUAUUGUUCUUGGUACGUGGGUUUUUCACUUUUCGCUUUAUCCACUUCAUUCUUUUGUACCCGGGACCACCGAAGUGCUGAUCAUGUCCGAGGACGAAGAGUCAUCCGGACCACGAGUCCCACAGGGUCACCUGGCUUUUCUGACCCAGAAAAUUCGAAAAACCAGGACAAUGAAGAAAAACGCUAGAAUACGUAAGAAUGGUGAAAAUAAUGUAAAAGAUGAAAAGAAGCAAAAAAGAAGGAUCUUCUUGAGGAAGGAGCCGCUCUUCUUGCAAUUUGUAUCGGUCGAUGCGUUUUUAACGAUCACC